GCAGCGAGGGUUGAACGCAAGCUGGUUUCUCAUUCGCUCGUUAGUUCAGUUCCGUCGGUCGACCUGCUGAGAUGCCGGUUUUCGGUUCUCCGUUCCGUUUCGAGCCGUUUGCUGACCGCAAUCAGUUCAGGUGUUCAGUUCUCAGUUCAGUGGUGGUAAUGUUUGUGCCUAAGCCUAAUUUGAAUAAUCGGGUUCGCAGUGCUCUCUGUAGCAGUAUGGGAUGUCGCCCGUUCAGGAGGAUCUGCGGCAGAUGCUAUCAACGGCUUCUCGUAAACUCAGUUAAUAUUUAAUUGAUAGUUGUGUGCUUUUAUGGGUGAUUAGUUUGAAGGUGCACAUGGCGUUGUUCGUACGUUAGUUAUGGUUUUGAAAAUGAAGAUCGAAAUAUGGUUGUAUCUGUGAUCUAAACUUAGUUCAACACGUUUCGUUGAUGAUGUGCCGUGAUCUGGAUGCUUUUUGAGGUGUAUAGUAGAUUUAAUGAAACAUGAGCUGCUGGUGAGCAGAGGAAAUAGCAAAGUUAAACCAACGAAUAUGAAUAUAUUGCAAAUGAGUGAAUCGUCGUGCGGAACGGCUAGUAGUGGUGCAAACGAAGCGCGAAACUAAAGUUGUAGUAGCGGUUUUGGUCAUCGUCCGAGACUUCACCGCCGACCAGUGCCGCACAACACGAUGCAAAGAUGCCUUUCGUGCAGCGUGUUGUGACCCCGAAGUAUGUUGCACGGUCGACGAAACCGUCCCAUUCCCGUGGAACAGCUGCACUGCCGGUUCAAGACUAUGAGUUGGAAGCGAUCACGAAUUUAACGCUGAGCAAUGCCCUUCGCCAGCUGGCCUCGCUGGUGCUCAUCUCGAACCAGAUUUUCACCGAACUCAACAAGGAAUUGGCUAGUGUGAGUGAGCGAUCACUCGGGAUAAAACAGCGAAUCGACAAUCUUUCCAAGCGAGUGGAGGAAUUUGACCCAAAGCAAGUCGCUGUCCCCGAAAGCGAUCUGGUGGCAUUCGCUCAGAUAAAAAACCACUACAGUACAAAGUACCACAUCGAUACCUGCCUAUUCACUGCCGAAACCCGCACGGAAACGCUGCAGGAGUUGUACGAUGCUGCGGCCAAGACACCGGUGUCGGCCAUUGCCGAAAUGGACCGUAUCGCCGGUUACAGCGAGUCCGAGCGACGCGGCUCGGAUGCUUUCCUCUGUACGCCGGUUUUGGGUCAAACGCGGCGGAAACUCCGAGCCAAGGUCGACAUGGACAUCGAAACUAGACUGCCUUCCGCAGUUGAAGACUUGAGGAAAUGGACCUCGAUAGAAGCGAUCGGUGAUACAACGGUUCCUCCAGACUGCACGGUACGAUUGACUGGCAACGGAUCUGUGAUUUUGGGGAAUGUUUCUCAGAAUGCUAGCCCAUCCUAUCAAGCUGGCACAAGUGCCUCGUUCGAUGAAACCGACGACAUCAUUAUGGUGGACAGCAGUUCCAGGGGACUCGGGCGGGAACAGGACACACCUCUUGACCAUAGGUUACCUUCGCCGGAGGAGCAGUGUCAGAUGAUUGCACUCAAAUUUCCUGCCGAAACCAUCAAAGUGGAUACCUCCGGCAAAAGGUUCGAUAGGAUGUGUUCCACCAGGAAAUCGUUGCUGCAUUUUGUGUCAACGUCCGAGCAAACCGAAGCGAACGCCGCUGGCGGUCAACCGGCAGAUGGAAGUGAUGGUGACACGAUACGACGGCGAUCAAGACCACGACGAUCGAGGGGGAAACGAAGAAAUACGAUCGCUGGAACGGACCAAAAGGAAAUUGCGGAAGUGGUUAACAAUGGGGACGAAGUCACUGCCUGCUCUACUACUGUUGCUACUAACCUGGUGCCUCGAAGCAAAUCAAGCGAUAUACUUAAAAAAGAUUCACCGACAACAUGCGCGACGGACAUUGCAUCCAAACACACUACUAAAUUGUCACAUUUCAACUCCCUCAAACAGUGGGGCCGCAACCGACUACGGAUGAUAAACCGCGACUCAAAAGACAAAGUACAAGAUAUUGAUGACUUUAAUAUCUCUGAUACGACCAGAAACAGCAAACGCAAAAUCUCUGACAAAGAUAUAAAACUUUCGCACGAUCGAAAGCCUUCCUACUCUUCGUCAGAGAGAAGUAUAACUGUCGCUUCCGGCACCGGUGCCACCACUAGCAUGCCCGCUUCGAUCAACCCGGUCAAACUACGGGAGUCCUCCUCCAUCCGCAGGCAACGCAGAACCGCGUUAGGAAAUAAAGACGAACCUCACUCAUCAAGUGGCAACUGGAGCGCCAGCUCCGAAUCUGGAAGAACAUCUAUUGGUAGUGAAAUAACCACCACUACUCACCCGAAAUCAAGUGCCUCAAGUACAUCACUAAACCACAAUCAUCACACAGUCUCCAGUGGACCACCAAGCUCCAUCAUAAGCAGGCGAAGGUUCUUGAACACUUCGGCGUCAAGCAGUGUCACAAGUGAAGGCACAGCUACUCCAGAUCUACAAAUGUAUGACUAUCACGAUGAGGGCGGCGAAACCAGCUCGGUGUAUUCUUGUGAUACCGAAGGAUACUACACGUCCUUCCACGUUGAUUCUGGACUGAAGACAUUGAAAGAAGAAGAACCUGUAACUCCGAUGCAUUCCACAACGGCACUUUCGAGUACAACUUCGUUCGAAAGCUCUGGCAAUCAAACGGUAAUUUCUCCAGAAAAUGAGUACGAACUGUUUGGUCGAGGUUCAACAUCGACGACAACUAGCUCGGCAGGAACUAUUUGCACUGUGUUAGCGGAUGGACAUCGAAACUCUCUGAUUGGUCCAACUGUACCGGAACGGAAAAGUUCACUGACGAAGCUAAAUCGCAGCAACAGUUCGGCCAGUAAUGGUACAUUGGAACGAAGCUAUUCAAGUAGCACAGUAGGAAGUACGUUGGAACGAACAGGAACAAUUAAACGUAACGGUCAUCUAUUGCAAAAGGAAGUAGCUGCUUUAAUUCACAAGGAAGAAGAAGACACAAAGAAGACUAGAAUUGAAUCCCCUGAUAGCGGCAACAAUACAAGCUCUUCUCCGAUCGAAUCGAACGCCAAUUCAAGUCCAACACAGCGAAUUAGAAGCUGUUCAGAAUUUGAAUAUUCUGAAUCGUCGGAUCUGGAAUGCGUUGAUCGCAUAGAAAGAAUCCGAGAGAAGACGACAAUCAACACCAGUCGAAUUCCUUCUAUGUGCAUUAUUACACCCACAAACAGUGAUGACGAAAACGGUUCCCUAAAGCGAAGGAAAGACAAAACUGGAGAAACGGUGCACAUGGAAGCUUUAGAAACAAAGAAAGACAAUAACAGUGGCAAGAAAAAUGCCUUACAGCCUCUAAAUAGCAUGUUUGGCAAAUUGAAGGGGGUGUUAAAAAAAUCACCCAGCAAGGAUUCCUCAAUGUCGGAGAAUGUAAACAACGCCGAACCAGUUUACGACGUGACCGGAGAGUACGUUCGUAUUGCCGAAAUAAAAAAUGCAAAGAAAAUUCAGCACGGUGGUGGUGUUUACUAUUCAAACGAUGUGGUAAAACGUAAUUUGGCUACCGUUCUCUCGGGAAAUCUCAACGAGGAAACCGAAUAUGUAUCCUUGAAUGAACUGCCGUGCAAUAUGCGAUGCGAGAGCAAUGCGCUCUCACCAAAUAACACCCCUCCUCGCGGAAGCGGAAAGCCGAACACAUCGACUACGGAAGGGGAAGCAACCGCGACAGGAGAAAACAGCGAACACGCUACAAAGAGGGGUGCACGUGUCAAACUGGAUGCGCACGGUAAGGUUAUCUACAGUUCGGAUAGUUUGAAGAGGAGAAAGGGUGCGCACACGACCUUUGCGCCGGGUCCAUUUGUGAAAGACGUAAAUACAAUACAAGCAUCGACGAUAAACAUUCCUACUACGAACACUACAACUCGGGCAGCAUCACCAGCAGCAUCCGCAGAAAAUGGCAAAAAUGCUGUUGUUGCAUCUCCAUUACUAAGUGGUGGCCUAGCAAACAGGAAACCAAUAGCAGUGAAACCAGUGAUAUCGCAGUCCGCAUUGAAAACAAAAGCAAUUGUUAACACCAAUAGUAGUAUAAGCAAUAAUAACAACGCAGUAGCCGCUCAUCGUAUGGCUCCUAUUGCCACCAUUCUUCCCAACAACAGCACGGUGCAAGAAGUAGAAAAAAUAUCCGCAGCAUCACACAUCAUGUCCUCCGGAGUUUUAAAGGGUGCAUACGUUAAUGUACAAGAAUCAAAACCACCGUCUACGAAGCCCCAAUCGAUUCACUAUAUGGAACCAACGAUUUUACAGCAUCCGCAAACAGGUUAUCUACAUUCGUCCCCUGAGGAAUAUGUUCAACUUUAUGGACCUCAAACUCAUACAUACACACUUCCCAGGCGCCCCUUGGUGCCCCAAUCGGUGGAACGACCCCAUAGAAAUGUAACGCCGACAGGAAUCCCUAUGGCGUCCAGGCAUAUCUAUGGUUAUGGAGGACCCCAGGUGGACAAUAACGCUGGGACGUUCCAAAGAAACAACGACAUGUACUGGACUUUGCAACCGCGUCGUCGGCCAAUUCCCAUGGAUCAGCUGACUAUGCGGGAUGAUUCGAAGCUCGUUCAGCAAAGCCCAAGACCAAUCGAAGAACUGUAUUCAACACCGAACAAAAUCAAAUCCAAUGCUCUGAAAACCACUCCUACCGGAUUUGCUACAUACUUUUCUCCGAUUGCAAAAACUAACCCGGGAGUUGAGUUAAAUGAUGACGUGGACAGCAGUUUAAAGAUUUCUCCGAUUGAUCCACGGAACACGGCUCCUUUCAAAACAUCUACUCCAUCAAAACCGAGCGAUACAUUACUUUCUCCAACGCGAUCGAUCACUGACGAGCUUCGAUACAGAUUAAGACUGCAACAAGUCGGAGUGCGUUCACACGGUAACUCUCCGGUGAGCUCCGGCCGUUCGACACCGAAAAAUGUGCUCGAAGCACAGGCCCCACGUGGCAGGCAUAGUUGGGCUUCCAAUAGCACCGACAUUCCACAGACGUGCUCCGAUCGACUUGGAACACCAAAAACAAGCCUUAUGGACUUCAAAAAGCUUCUUCUGGCUCAUGGAUCGAAGUCGAAUAUUACAUCUGGAAGUAAAAUUUCGGCCGUUGAACUACUUAAAAAAUCAAAAUCUAACGCUCCGGUUAACCCGGUUUCUCCCGUUACAAAAACAUCUGCAAACAGUAGUUUGAAUAUUCUAGAUCUUUCAGGAUCUCCGAAAACAUUCGCUACAAGACGCAUGAUUCGCCAGGGAAACUUUGGAAAUGGUUCUCCUUCGAAGCUCGGAAAUACAUCUAAGUUUUCUUCGAGGGGCGGUUGGCGGUACAGCAACAUGCGAAGUGAGGUUAUGUCCACCGCGAUACCCGAAGCCCACAGUGAAGAAGAUAAUUCUAGUCCUAGCACAUCUGCUUCUGUUAGUCGUUCACACUCGCAAAGCCGCAAUACAACUCCAACAGCUACUGGUCACGAAAUUCAUUCCCCACCAGAGUCAGUGGAAAACAAAAUUGUUGAGCAGAAAAUCUCUAACAUCCGCGAGAAUAUAUUCCUGCAGGAGGAUGAGAAUAACUUCAUGAAGGGAGAAGUAACAAGCCCAGCGCAGAAAACAUCGUCUCCUGCCACGACUCGUGCUCAACUUCAAGCUCAGAGGGCAAUGUUUUUGAGCAAUAACAGUCAUAUCAGUUCGGCAACCUUCAAGGAUGGGCGCUACAUGGGAAUCAGCAGUUUUUCAACCACUCCACCGAAACUCAAUAACGAAGUCAAUUAUAGUGAACCCACUACACCAAAAGAAGAUAAUCAACAGAAACUAGCAGCACCGUCACUGGAAACUGCCCUCUAAAUUUUCCCCAGAGAUGCCAAAUUUAAAGCACAGUGUAAUGAAAUUCGAAGUUGGUUUAGGGAUUAACUAGUGUAACUUUGAACUAUUGUAAACCUUUAAUUCAGGAAAUAAUGUCCAGCUCAUGAAAAAUGUACAGCUUUCAGAAAAAAAAGAAAAAAAAUCAAAACUGCAAUACUUAAUCCUCAAACUAAACUUUAUAGAGUUGUGCGUAUUAAGCAGGAUCAACUAAGAGACCAACUAUCAACAUCAUUUGAAUAUAUAUGUAUUAAAUGUGAAGAUUUCUGAUAACAGUACUAUCACACCAAGGUUCCAAAUUAUACUCCAACAAGAGAGUAAAGCUAGCUAGUCUGGAAAUGAUUGUGCAUAAAUGUUAAACCGUCAACAGCAACAGAUCGGAAAUGGUGGCAUUUGGGACGUGUUAAAUUAACUUAUUUUUUUUAGCUUCGGACAGCAAAAUAGCCUGUAGCAAUGAAUCCUAGCCAAUUUCAGUUAGACUUAGACAUUAUGUAUCGGUCUUGUUUGCACUAUCAAUCUGUGAACAUUUUUGCCUUAUUUAUUUCAAAAUAAAAUUUUAUUGUAACAAAUUAAACGAUUUCCUUCAUCCAGGUGUCUGCUUGUGGCCACCCUUUGUUGAUCAUUUAUUUAUUCUCUAUUUAAUUCGAGGUUUCAUUGUAAAUAUAUUGUAAGCAAAAGCAUUAAGAAAGGCAGUGAUCAAAGUGAAGUGUAUUGAAUUAGAAAAGGAAUAAUUUAAUAUAUUAUCAAAUUACUAUAUUAUAUUUAUAUCUACAAUAUUACACUACUUGAUAUUAUACAGAGUAGUGCAGAAUGAAGCUAGAUUUCUAUAAAGGCGUGUUGUUAAUAUUAAAUAGAAAUAUCUAUAAUCAAAGAGGCAAUCUUUAUGCAAGAGAAGGCUAAAAAUCAUAAGUUGUUCGUAAAGUAUUCAACGAUUUAGGACUGAUUCACUAUCGCAAAGUUCAGUACUCAGAUUUCGUCCAGUUUGCCGAGUUUGGUUCAUCAAGAUCAGUAGAUUUAAUGUUAGUCGGUGCAUCCUUAUUUUCAUUUCCACUAUUUAUGCUCCCAUUGUUUCCCCGGACUCCAUUCAGUUGCAUUUAUCAUUUUAAUUUAUUUAUUAGUAUUUGGUCGAGCAUUAUAAGACAUUUUGUUAGGAGAUAGCUUCAAAUGUGCUUUGACAUCCGAACGAAAAAUAAAAUAAACAAAAAUAUA